AUGGCGACCAGCUAUGGAAACCGUUGUGGCAAGUUGACUGACCGAAAAAAGAUGCUGCACUUUAUGUGGAGAGUGAGCCAUAAAAGCCUGGCUUUGCUUGUUAAUCUGAAAAGAAGGGGUAUUAAGUUGAACACCGGCUGUGUCCUUUGUGGGCGUCUGGAUGAGGAUGGAGCUCAUUUGUUUUUUAAGUGCAAGCAUGUGAAAAGGGUCUGGGACGAUCUGCAAUUGCAAGAAUUGAGGGAUCGGCUAGCACAAGCUAUUUCGGCCAAAGAGCUAGUUUGGGAAAUUCUGAAACUGAAGGAAAACGUGCAGCGACGGGUGAUCACUCUCAUGUACAUUUGGUGGUCGGAACGGUGCAGGAUUCGCGAAGGGGAUGCACCAAGAGAGUUGGGACAGAUUGCACGGUUAGUAAAUUGCUAUGCUGAAGAAUGGGCCUCUCUGAAGAAUGUACAAGCCGAACCUGUCCAAAGUCGAAGGAAGCCGGCAUGGUCUAAGCCCCCGACUGAUUUUAUCAAGAUUAAUUGUGAUGGGGCUUUUAGCCAGGAGGAUCUAGCUGGGGGUUGGGGAUAUGUCAUGAGAGGAGCCGAUGGUACUGUUGUUUGUUCAGGCUACGGCAAGCUGGGGAAGGUUCUGGAGGCUGCUCAUACAGAGAUCAUUGCCUAUCUACAAGCUUUUCAGCGGGCAGUGAUGUUGGGGAUUCAGAAGGUGGUCCUGGAGAUCGACGCACUGAUGGUGGCCCAAGCGGCAAAUGCGCCCGUUCUUGACCGAAGCUCGGCUAGCGGGUUGCUAUGGGAGUUGAAGGAGUGCUUACAUAUCAAUUUUUCUAGUUUUGUCGUAGCACAUAAAACCCGUUCUUGUAAUCUUGUUGCUCACAGUCUAGCUGCCCUUGGGGCGAAGUUAUGUCCGGGGUGCUGCUGCGGCGUCCCCCCUCUCGCUAUGAGUAGCGCUGUGAAGGACCAGCUGCAGCAGAUGUCGACGACGUGCGAUUCACUCCUGUUGGAGCUCAACGUGAUUUGGGAUGAGGUCGGUGAGCCCGACAUGGCGAGGGACCGGAUGCUGCUGGAGCUCGAGCAGGAGUGCCUCGACGUCUACAGGAGGAAGGUCGACCAGGCCAAUCGGUGCAGGGCCCAGUUGCGGCAGGCCAUUGCGGAGGCAGAGGCCGAGCUCGCUGGCAUUUGCUCGGCCAUGGGCGAGCCACCGAUACAUGUUAGACAGUCAAAUCAGAAGUUACAUGGUUUGAGGGAGGAAUUGAAUGCGAUUGUCCCAUACUUGGAGGAGAUGAGAAAGAAAAAAGCUGAAAGAUGGGACCAAUUUGUUGAUGUCAUAGAGCAAAUUAAGAAGGUUGCAUCUGAAAUCAGGCCUGCAGAUUUUUCACCCUUUAGAAUUCCUGUGGAUCAGUCUGAUCUGUCAUUGAGAAAGCUGGAGGAGCUAACAAAAGAGCUACAAUCCCUUCAGAAGGAGAAGAGUGAUCGGCUGAAACAAGUGAUGGAACAUCUUAACACUUUGCAUUCCUUAUGCGAGGUGCUUGGUGUAGACUUCAAACAAACAGUACAUGAGGUGCACCCUAGCCUGGGUGAGACUGAUGGAUCAAAGAACCUAAGCAAUAGUACAAUUGAGAGUCUUGCAUCAGCCGUAAACAGAUUGCAUGAAUUGAAAGUCCAGAGGAUGCAAAAGCUUCAAGAUUUGGCAUCUAGCAUGCUUGAACUUUGGAAUCUCAUGGAUACACCACUUGAAGAGCAGCAGAUGUUCCAGAAUGUAACCUGCAAUAUUGCUGCUUCAGAACAUGAAAUAACUGAGCCUAACACCCUCUCUAUUGACUUCCUCAGCUAUGUGGAAUCUGAAGUUUUAAGGCUUGAACAACUUAAAGCGAGCAAGAUGAAAGACCUUGUUCUGAAAAAGAAGACAGAACUGGAAGAGCAUAGGAGACGUGCUCAUUUGAUUGGCGAGGAGGGUUAUGCAGCCGAAUUUAGCGAUGAGGCUAUUGAGGCAGGAGCUGUUGAUCCUGCGCUGGUGCUGGAACAAAUUGAGGCUCACAUUGCCACAGUGAAAGAGGAAGCUUUUAGCCGGAAGGAUAUCCUCGAGAAGGUUGAAAGAUGGCUGAAUGCAUGUGAGGAGGAAGCUUGGCUGGAAGAUUACAACAAAGAUGACAAUCGUUAUAAUGCCGGGAGGGGGGCCCACUUGACACUCAAAAGGGCUGAGAAAGCUCGCAUUUUGGUAAACAAGAUCCCAGGACUGGUAGAUGUUUUGACCACAAAAAUUGUAGCUUGGGAGACAGAAAGAGGAAAAGAGUUCACAUAUGAUGGUGUCCGCCUUCUGUCAAUGCUUGAAGAGUACAUGAUCGUUCGCCAGGAGAAAGAGCUAGAGAAGAAAAGGCAGAGGGAUCAGAAGAAGAUCCAGGAUCAACUCAAAGCUGAGCAGGAAGCGCUGUAUGGAUCAAAACCAAGUCCAUCUAAGCCACAAAGCACGAAGAAGGCGCCUAGGCACUCCAUGGGUGGUGCGAACGGAAGACUGUCUCUUGGUGGACCCACAACGCAAGCCCCCAAAACAGACAUAAUGCACUCCAAGACAGCUCGUGCUGCCAAGAAGGCUGAAGAUUUGGGCGCUUUAUCUCCUAGUAGUAGAGGCUUGGACAUUGCCGGUCUUCCCGUGAAGAAGUUAUCUUUCAACGCAAGCACUCUGCGAGAGGCAGAAACACCACGCAAGCCUUUUGCCCAGAUCAUGCCAGGAAACAAUGUCUCAUUGGUGCCUGCGCGGCCCAUCUCCAAUGACACAGAGGAAGAGAACAAAACCCCCAAGAAAUUUUCAGGGCUCAAUCCAAAAACGCCGGUGACAGUGACGGCUCCUAUGCAGUUGGCGGUGACACCAGCUGUGGCUAACAAGGUCAUAGCCACUCCUGCAACCCUUUUCCAGGAGAAGGCAGGGUCGCCAGCACUGCCAGGGGACAUCGAGUACUCGUUCGAAGAGAGGCGGCUCGCCGUCUACCUGGCCAGGCAAGUGGCUUAA